AUGGAGGGUGAAGAUGGGAGUGUGGGGAAUCCCGAUAAAGAAGAUUAUGAGAGCAGUACUCAUUCAACCCCUCAAGAACACAGAUCUUUUGCGGAGUUCGCAAAAGACAAACUGGAUAGCGCUGGUCGUGAGCUUCGUCGCCGCCUCCCAAUGGCUGGGCAGCUGGGUGCUCAUCUGAUGCAUCCUCGCCGACUCCUGCUGCAUUCCACACCGACACAGCACACAGAUGUUGUGUUAAUAUUUCCUAAAGGUCUCCCAGACAGUAUGCUGUUAUGGCUACUGCAGAAGCUGCGUGGUAGUAGACCACGUUUGCGAGUGUGCGUGCGACAACAUGCGUCGUCCCAGUGUUCUGCGUUUUACAUUACUGCUGAUGAUGAUGUCUUACUUCAAACUGCAGAAGAAAUGCAUCUCCCAAAGCAGCUAAAGCCAGAAUUCGGAGGCGGUUACAAGGAGUUCACAGUUCGCGAUAUGCAUUGUUUUCAAAAGGGUUCUUCAGCAGCAGAACUGUUAAACUCUCAAGAGCGCGGUGCUUUAGUGAAGCAUGCCUUAGAAUCCGCUCGUGCGGAACCUGGCGACGAGCAUGCGCUGGAACCAGCCCUCACUUUACGACCUGGACAGAGUAUUGUGCCAGCUUGUGUUAGUAGAGGAGUGGUAGCGAGUAUGUUCCCGCUCCAUGAGAGGAACGCUCUGGAGAACCUUAGGAAGAAAUGGGUGAAGACGUUGUUCUCUCCACAGCCUAUUGAUGAGAUUGGGGAAUAUUUUGGUGUUAAAAUAGCUAUGUACUUCGCUUGGCUUGGACAUUACACGCGGUCGUUGACAGUACCGGCGGCCGUCGGCUUUAUAUUUUGGAUUUGGCUCGGCACAGCAAACGACAAUUGGAAGGACAUAGCUUAUGUAUUAUUUUCGCUGUUCAACGUGCUUUGGGCGUGCGUGUACUUAGAAACUUGGAAGAGGUAUUCAAAUGUGCUUGCAUAUAAAUGGGGAACAUUGGAUCAAAGAGAUGAGUUGCUGGUUGAACCGAGACCAUUAUUUGAGGGCGAGAUGAGUACAAGCAGUGUGACGGGGCGGCCGGAGCCGGUGUACGCGGCGUGGCGGCGGCGCGUGUGGAGACACUGCGUGUCGGUGCCGCUCAUGGGCGUCUGUCUGUCCGUCGCCGCCGCGGCUACCUUCGCCUUGUUGAGGGCGCAGGACUGGUGGGAAACAAACAUAAUAUAUUUCACGUGGAUACCUCGAGCGUUGCUCGCUAUAAUAAUCGCGAUCGAGGAGGAAGUAUACGCCAGAAUAGCGAGGUGGCUCAACGACAAAGAAAACUAUCGACUCGAGACAAAGUAUGAGAAUCACCUGAUUGUGAAAAUAGCAUUGUUUCAAUUCGUCAACUCGUUCAUGAGUUUGUUUUAUAUCGCGUUCUACCUGCAGGAUAUGGAUAAAUUAAAAGAGCAACUAGCAGUGUUGUUGAUAACGCGACAAGUGAUCGGUAACCUCAAAGAGUCUGCGUUACCAUAUCUGAUUGAGAAUCUGAGGCUCGCCAAGAUAUGUGUCGACGUGUUUGGGGCUAUCAGUCCUAGUAAAAUACCGACAUCAGCCCAGUUAACAGAGCUAUUCGACAAGAAGACGGACUCCUCGGGCGAUCCGCCAGAGAACAGCCUCGUGAACGGAGGCACGGACAAGGAGAAGGACGAUAGAAGGGACUCCGAACCUAUCGUCGGACAGAAAGUCAUACAUCAAGCUGAGUUGGAGUCGCAGCUGUUUAGGUACGACGGCACAUUUGCGGAAUAUUUGGAAAUGCUAACACAGCUAGGCCACGUAGUUCUGUUUUCGUCCGCCUUCCCUUUGGCGGCGGUGUGUGCGCUGCUUAACAACGCGGCUGAGAUCAGAGCUGAUGCGUUCAAACUGUGUCAUGUCGCGCAACGACCUUUUGGGGAACGAGUCAAAAGUAUCGGGAGUUGGCAGCACGCUAUGGAAGCGAUGGUAGCAGUAGCCGUUCUAGUAAACUGCGCACUCAUAGGUCUCUCCGGUCCAGUACACCGUAUGCUACCAGACGCAACUCCCGCGCAGACCAUACUCGUCAUUGUGGCGCUUGAGCAUGUAAUCCUAGUGAUAGUAUUGGCUCUGCGCAUCGCCAUACCGGAGAUACCAGCGUGGUUGGCCACUGAGAUGGCGAAGGUCGAGUUCCAGAGACGAGAGGCCAUUAAAAACGCGCACGCUCCGCUUAUGUCUGAAUGCACGAGUCAAGACGAUGUACGCCCAUCGGCUCGUAAUACCCCGCGGACGGUGACACCCACUACACCGAAGCAACCAGCCAAUGACAAGGCAGCAGCUGACAAGAAGAAACUCUUCAUUGGGAAAAUACCUGAAAUACCGCCUUUCAGGCCUAAAGCGGCGUCUAUUACGACGACUUCAGAACCACCGGUGACAGUCACGGGGUCUUUGCAGGCGUUACCUGAUGUCAGUCCUACCAAGCCUAUACGACGUAAGGAAGCGACACCAGGCGCUCCGCUCUCACUACUGGGCGUCCGCGGGCUUAGAGACGAACCCUUACACAGGUCGGCGCACUGUAUCCCACACCCCACGCAACAUCGACCGCUUGUCAACCCUACGUUACAGGAGUUAUCAGGCAGUGUAAGUGCAGGGGGUUCCGAGCCGGACUUGAACGCAGUGCCUUCGUCAGCACCCUCAAUUGACGCCAGCGCCACCUCUAGCGAAGAUGACAAACCUAAGGAUAAAGGCAGUCGUUCCCGCGCGAAGGCAGCGUUGGUGAAGCGUGUCCGUUCAGUGGCAGUGUUCUCGCUGGGCCUGCGGCGCGCGCGCGAGGCCGCCGCCCACUCGCACGCGCACGACGCGCGCUCGCCCGUCAACACGCCCAGUCUUCCCGCGCCGAUGUUGGGCGGCGAACUAUCUCUCAUCCCGAUAGAGCAACUCAUACAAGUGGACGACGUCAAACCGCGCACCACCUAG